GCUUUACGGCGACAGCCGACUCCUGUGCGUAUAUGGCAAUAAACAUGUUGGAUAACAUAUCAUCAUUGGAGAAAGCCGUUCGCAUGGAUUUGUUAAUUUCGAGGGAUAUCUUCACGAGUUUCUUAUAGGUUUCCGGUUACCUGACGUGACAGCCAACAAUUUUCACUCGUCUUUGAUACAACAUCCAGCCUCGGACUAUUUCCAUCGCCGAUGAAUCGACUACUCAGGCAAAGACUACCUCUGUCUGUGAGGAAUCUUCUAACAGACAUUGGUCCUAAAGAUGACCACUGUACAGAAUGGACUGAAACGGAACCUGGGACUGUAACCAAAGAUGGGAUUGUUCUCCCUUCCAUAGAAACUGUCAGCCAAGAAGAAUUUCUCACACCAGCCAGAACACAGAGCAAGGAUGAUACCUCAAAUGGCGAAAAUGACCUUAAAUGUAACCCUGUGUGUGGGGUGUGCCAUUCUAAACCCUCCUGCUAUACGUGCCCUCGCUGUAACAUACCCUACUGUUGUUUGGCAUGCUAUCGUAGUUCAGAUCAUAACGUGUGCUCUGAGGAGUUCUACAGGGAAUCCGUUUUACAAGAACUAAGCGACAUGGGAAAAACAGAGGAUGAGGGGAGAAAAAAGAUGCACGAUAUUCUGUUGAGAUUAAGACAAAAGGCAGCUAGCACAGAGGGGGGUAUGGGAGGUGUUUUAAGGGAAGUGGGUAUCCAGUCAGAUGGGGACAAGCAGGGGGAAGAAGAGACAAAGGAGGGCGCACAGGCUUUGGGGCUCCUCUCCAGGUUAGUUGAGCUUCAGCAGUCAGGGGAAGGAAGCAUGUCAGAGAUUAAAGGUAUCUUGAGACAACUCAAAAAUAUCGGGAGAGGAGAGGUGGAAGGUGGGGAGAACCUCACUGUAGCUAGUGUUGGAGACUUGGAUGAUGGAGUUGAAAGUGAUGAGAAUGAGCUGGACUUGGCUGAUAGACUUUCAGGGCUGGAUAUUGAUGUACUGUCUGAAGACGAGCUAUGGGAACUUCUGAACAGCCAGGAGAAAGAGAAGUUUAUGAAUUUGAUCAGAGGUGGUGCUUUUGGUGGACUGGUUCCUCUGUGGAGCCCUUGGUGGGAGAUGCAUGAGGAUGGAGGGAGGGCACUAGUGGAAGUACUAGAGGAGGAAGUCAACAAGCGGAGGGGUGGUGAUCUAGUGGCAGUAGAAGUGGUCAACUCUGAAGAGAUGAGAGUAACAUUAGGAGCAGGACAGAAAGGGAGUGUACAAGAGGAAGACACAUUAUCUAGAAGUGCUAAAACUCUUUCCAAUGAACAGAAAGUUGAUUGUGCCAAAGCAAAGGAAUCACUGAAAAUAGAUCAGACUCAGGAGCUGUCAGCCACAAAAUUGAGACAACAGAGAGAGGGAAACAGAAAAGAAACGAGUAAGGUCCAGAAUUCAGUUUUAGUAGUUUCCAGAAUGCCCCAAUUAUCUGCUAAAAUUCCAAAAUUGAGUUCCUUGACUGCCAAUCCAUCUCCUCUUGUAUGCUAUGGUUUGGUCAAUGCACUUUUUGGAUACACCUUCACUGUAAGCUUUUUCAAUGGUGACACUGACUCAUUGACCCAUGAGUUUUGUGACAUGGUCCUAGCUGUGUCCGAGGCCUUAAGCUCAAGCAGAGUAUUCAGCUCUCUUGAAGAGGCCCUAGAGUGUGGAGAGACUGCCAUUUCUGCAGGUGGUUAUUUUGACAGGGAUGACCCCUCUGCUUCAUCCAGAGCUAUCAUGGCUGUUGCUCACAUCAUGAGUGGCAGAAGUAGGCAGGAUGCAGUAGGAUAUUGCUUGGCAGCUUUGAGUCACCUCCGCUCAGCGUUUUCUAAGGCCAGAGCAGCCCUGCCAAAAGGAGGACAGCAAGAUGGAAAGAGACAGAAACAGUUCCUGGCAAGAAAGAAGUGUGAAUUCUUCCAGGCUUGGGUGUCUGACAAUGCCAAUCAGACACGAAGACUAGCCAUAAGGCUUUGGAAUGAGCACAGUUCUAGGAAGAUUGAAAGGAGUAUCUUGGAGAAGGAGAAGCAAAUGGUUGAGGAGAGCUGGAAGAGAGGAAAGAGGAAGGGAAAUUGUAUGUUGAUUGAGGAAUUGAGCUGACUUGUCUUUUUUAGAAAUUGAUGCUUGGUUUUUAUGAAUGACAAUGCAAUAAAUGUUUA